GCUAUUGUCAAUAUCUACAUUCACAAAACAAAAAACCUAUUGCUUAAAACUAAAUUUUCAAUUGUGUCAAAGCCUUAAUGCGCCGUCAAAUAGAUGAACAAAAACAGAGUUUUAUUUAUAAAAUUAGUAAUAUCGAUAUCAGUUAUUUUAUGCGAAAACGAUUCCUAUGAAGAUUAUUCUAGUGAAGAUAAUUCCAAUGGAACGUACAGCAAGGAAAACAAUUCUUCUGGUUCUACAUCUACGACCAAACUAUUUUCUUGCAAUUCACACCCUACAGUCGAUCCCAUAUACGUGGUCGCUUUAACGAAUUUUUGGGGUUACCAUAUGUGUAGUGGUACCAUGAUUAGUCGAAGAUUGAUUUUAACAGCGGCUAAUUGUUAUGAUAAGGAAAGAAACAUAUAUGCCUGUGAUGCCUAUACUAGAGAUCAAUACAUUAAAAAUAAUGGGUUGCUAAGUUUUUGGUGUCCGACAACGAGAGUGUACAAAGUAUACAACCAUCCACGAUUUAAUAAGAAAACCCUGAUGCAUAAUAUUGCAAUUAUGAAACUAAUUGGACCAUUGUAUAGCACGAAUUUGUUGUAUGUCAAUCUUCCUAGUUAUCAUCCGCAAGAUAUUUUCGAUUUUUGUCCUCAAGUUACUUUAAUGGGUUGGGGAAGGAAGAAAAGGUCAAAUCAACCUAACCGAAAGUUAAGUUGCAUAGAUUUAAGCACAAUUCCUUUGCAAGACUGCCAAAAUCAUCAGUUAGUUUCGAUCUACAGUACUUGCACGAAAGCUACGAUAGUGGAAGAUAGUUGCUUAGGAGAUCUUGGUUCUCCCUUGAUGUGCGGAGAUACCCAAUACGGAAUUUUAUCUCACAUAAUGGAUUGCAAGGGUAGAUGGCCAGGUGUUUAUACAAGAGUGGAUGAAUAUUUGAAUUUUAUCGAGGACAGGAAGCUAAGAAGUGCAGGAUCGCGAGUACUUUGCGCAAAAUUUUUAGUUGUUCUAGUUUUAUUUACGUGUAGAAUAAAUUUCUUUCAUUUUUGAUGAAUCGUUUUUGUUCGAUGGGUCUAGAGCUGGA